AACUUUUAUAAACUUGAAUAUUUUCAGGCAAAGUCAACUUCUUGCAAAGAAGCAAUAGAAAAAUGGGAAAAUGAAACCGGGAAAAAAGCGAGUGUUGAAAAAGAAGUUCUCUUGUCAUUUCAGUGGCCUCCUAUUGAAAAGAUGGAUCACCAUUUGUCAUUUUUAAAAAAUGUUGAGAUGCUGUCCUUGUCAACAAAUAUAAUUGAAAAAAUAUCAAACCUUGAUUCAUUGAAAAAUUUAAAAGUUUUGUCACUGAGUCGUAAUAAUAUCAAGACGUUAUCCGGAUUAGAUUCAAUCGGUGAUCAUUUGGAGGAGCUGUGGAUCUCAUAUAAUUUCAUUGAAAAACUAAAAGGUGUUCAUGUAUUAAGAGCGUUAAAAGUUUUGUAUAUGGGUAAUAAUUUAGUAAAAGAUUGGAACGAAUUUAAUCGGCUUCAAGAUUUAUCUAAUCUUGAAGAAUUAGUAUUUGCAAACAAUCCUAUAAAUGAAAACCUCGAAGUUGAAUCCUGGAGGUCACAAGUGAUACGAAAACUUCCUCAACUAAAAAAACUCGACGCCAUUCCAAUAAUACAUGAAGAUGACGAUUAA